GCACACCAGAGCCCCCACGGUGAUCGGAGCUGGUCUCCCUCACGCCGCACACAGACCGGGCACACAGCCACACAGACACCUCAGUCCCACAUGCUCUGCCGCACACACAGGCCCCUGCCAGAGCCCAGCAGCAGAUACCUGGGGAGGCGGCGAGGGUGCUCUGGGGUCGCCACUCCUGGGUGCCCGGCCCCUCGGCCCUCCCCAGCAGCCUGUCUUCCCCAAGGGACCGGAUGGUUCUCAGGAGGGGAACGAUGGUGUCACUGCCUUCCGGGUGAUUGCACCACAGGCCCCUUCCGACCACGUGACUGCUGGUGCCCCACUGGGGGUGGUGGUGAGCGGUAACUACACCCGUCCCCAACACCUCUGAUAGGCUCACAGCAUCCCUGGGGAGGCUGACAGAAGAGCCACUUACGGAGAGAGGAGGGAGGCAUGAGACAUCAGGGGAGAGCCUGGCCUCGUGUGACCUAGGCAGGCCCUUCUGUGACUUGGUUUGCCUGUCAGGAAAAUGGGGUCAUGGGCUGGAAGGUCUUCCACAUCUGUUCCAGGCUGUGCGUCUGGUUGAAAAGGCAGCCUCUCCUGGUUCUAGACAGAGCUGAGGGCACCAGCUGUUCCCGGGCUGCCUGCCCUGAAGCCCUCCCAGGCCCAUCUACCUGGAUGGCCAGAGUGGCUGACAAGGUCUGGUCCUCACACUCCUGUUCCCAAGCAUGGCAGCUAUGGGCAGCUGCUCGAAAGAGUACCACGUGCUCCUCGACCAACUCCAGAAGCAGGCGGAUCUCAUGCAGGACACCAGCAGCCUCCUGGACCCCUACAUACGUAUCCAAGGCCUGGAUGUUCCUAAACUGAGAGAGCACUGCAGGGAGCACCCUGGGGCCUUCCCCAGCGAGGAGGGCCUGCAGGGCCUGGACAGGCGGGGCUUCCUGCAGACCCUCAAUGCCACGCUGGGCCACGUCAUGCAAAGACUGGCUGCCUUAGAGCAGCAACUCCCCAAGGCCCAGGACUUGAAGAGGUCCAGGCUGAACACCGAGGACUUGGAGAAGCUGCAGAUGGCGAGGCCGAAUGUCCUCGGGCUCAGGAACAAUGUCUACUGCAUGGCGCAGCUGCGGGACAUCUCAGACACGGCUGAGUCCACCACAGCCGGCCGGGGGACCACCCAGCUGCCUGUCCCUGUCCCGGCCUCGGAUUCUUUUCAGCGCAAGCUGGAGGGCUGCAGGUUUCUGCACGGCUACCACCGCUUCAUGCACUCAGUGGGGCGGGUCUUCAGGAAGUGGAGGGAAAGCCCGAGCCGGAGCCGGAGACACAGCCCCCGGCGGGCCGUGCGGAAGGAGGUGCGCAGGACCAGACCCUCCAGGAGAGGCAAGAGACUCAUGCCCGGGGGGCAGCUGCCGCGGUAGCCUCGGGCGCACCCCUUGCCAGUGAAGGAUGCGGCAGGUGCUCUGCGGAUGAGGAACCGUUGCCGGAUGACGCCUCCGGGCUCCCCAAACCUGUUUCUCUCUACUACUCACCACCGGGAAGUGCACUUUAAGAGGUGGGAGCUGGGCAGAUCCCUUGUACCUCCUCCAGGCUGGGGGACAGAGUCAGGCUGUUGCGCCCCCUGGUUCCAAGUUCCCCAGGCCCAGUGGGGUGGCCAGGCGGUCCACGUGGGGCCAACUUUCCAUUGAUUCAAGGGUCUGAUGACACAGGCUGACUCAUGGCUGGGCUGACUGCCCCCCUGCCUUGCUGCCCGAGGCCGGCUGGUCCUUCCCUCUCAUGACUUGCAGGGACGUUGCCCCCAGACUUCCUCCUUUCCGUGGCUCCGAAGCGGAGGUCACAGCCUGAGCUGGCCUCCUAUGCCUCAUCACAUCCCAAGCCAGACACCUGGAUGUCUGGGUGACCUCAUUUUAGGCAGCUGUAACAGCAGUAGGGUGUCCUAGGAGUCCUGAUCCGUGGGUCCAGGGAAUGGAGCUCAGGUCCCAGCCCAGCCCAGCCCGGAAGUCGCCAUGUGACCUGGGGCAGGUCACUUUACCUCUCCGGACCUGUUUUCUGUUUGUGAAGCUAGGGAGUUAGAGACUGUACAAGGUCCCCACUGCCUGUCGGUUGCUGGGAUUCCCUGACUUAGGGUGGAUAUCAAAAUCCCUGUAAAUCGGGACAUAUGGUGCAAAUGGCCCUGGGAGGUGUACUCGGAGCUCUCUGAAGAAGGAGACCCACCUCCCGGCGCCGGGAAGCCCCAGUCUUCAGUCCUCGCUGCUGGCUGCUCCCCCUGGUGGUGGAUCCUGGAAUUUUCUCACGCAGGAGCUCUUGCCCUCCUAGAGGGGGGUCUCAGAAGCUGCGAGGCCAAUUCCUUGAAGGGACAUGUCUAAUUUAUCAAUUUCUAUCAGUUUUAUAUUUAUAAGCCUUAUUUAUAAUGUAUAUUUAAUGUUAAUAUUGUGCAAACAUAUAUUUAAAACUUGACUGGUUUCUAAA